UAUGGACUCUGGCUUAUAACCGAUUAACCGCCACACCUUUACUCAUUUGGAUGGUCUGUUAAACCCUGAGAACGUCGUGAUUCCCAAAGCAGCCCACAGACGCACCGGAGCGUAUUGAACAACCAGGACAAAAACCGGGGAGGAGAGCAGGCUACAGUCUGGAUUCUCGUUCUGAGGAACGUUAUUACCUUGAAGAGACUAUUUUCCCUAUAAACAAGAGACGUUGAAUAGACAGAACAUAGUGAAUCUUUUACGGUGCAGCAGGCUACUAAUGUAUGUGAUUUUACUGAGGAAAAUACAAUGAGACUUUCUAGGAAGGAGUUGGUAUGGAUUAUUCAACUACUACUGCUGUGUCUGAGCUGCUCAGCAGGAGGGAUAGCUGAUUAUACACUUGACAACAGGUGGGCGGGCCAGGAGCUGUUGUCCAAUGGGCUGUGUCAGUACGGGACCAGGGUGGAGUGCUGCUGGGGCUGGAGAAGGGCUUCCUGGGGGCACUGCCAACCUCUGUGCCAACAGGAGUGUAAGCAUGGAGAGUGUGUCGGUCCGGAUAAAUGCACAUGCCAUCCAGGAUACACUGGCAAAACCUGCAAUCAAGAUCUGAAUGAAUGUGGGCUAAAGCCCAGACCAUGUAAACAUCGUUGUAUGAACACCCAGGGCAGCUACAAGUGUUACUGUCUGAAUGGAUACAUGCUGCAACCUGAUGGAACCUGCAGGAAUGCCCGUACCUGUGUCAGGGCCAACUGUCAGUACGGCUGUGAGGUUACCAAAGGGGUGGUGAGGUGCCAGUGUCCGUCUCCAGGGUUACGGCUGGGGCCAGACAGACGCACCUGUGUGGAUGUUGACGAGUGUGUGGCGGGUCGAGGGGUGUGUCCUCGGAACAGGAAGUGUCAGAACACCUUCGGCAGCUAUGUGUGUAAAUGUGACCAUGGUUACAAACUCACCUACAUCAACGGCAGAUACCACUGUAUAGAUAAGGAUUCUCGUUCCUUCUGCUCCCUCAACCCUGACUCUCCCAAGUGCCUCUGUAGAGAUGGGAAGGGAACGGACUGCUACCCUGUUGCCAAGGUCACCAUUGUUCCUCCUCAACCUAAAACCACACCCAGAUCUACAACGAGACCUACACCUAAACAAGCAACCAGACAUACAACCAGCCAGACAGCCAGACAGACAACUACAGUCAGACCUACUACUUCUGCUACGAUAGUGACUACAAACGCAGCAACCACUGCCAUGGCAAUAACUACCAGGGGACCUACCACCACGACAACCAUCAUUACGACAACCACCGUCCCAACAACCGUUCCCAUGACAACAACCUCUACUCAGCCAUUGACAACCACUACAACCCCUACUCCAACUGCCCUCUCCCCUACCACCCCCACCCCCAGCUCUACUCCCUCUACCUCCUCCCCUACCACCCCCAGUCCUCCUCCCUCUCCCAGCCCUCCUCCCUCUACCUCCUCCCCUACCAUCCCCAGCCCUCCUCCCACCACCCCCCUGGACAACCACAUUCAGAAGGUUGUUACCCAGAGACAAAGAGGAGAUGUUCACAUCCCCCGUCUUCCAGGAAGUGGAAACAGAGGGUUUGACUACGACAUUGAGCUGGGAAACACUACAGAGGACAACAGAGAUGAUCCAGGGGCCGGUGCUCUGAGCUGUUCAUUUGACCACGGUCUGUGUGGCUGGAUCAGAAACCGAGAUGGAGACCUGCACUGGGAGACAGCCAGCAGCCCUGCCGGUGGGCGGUACAUGUCUGUUCCAGAGGUAGGGGCGGGGAAAAGGAGCAUUCAAGGCGCACGAUUGGUCCUCCCCUUAACCCCGCCCUGGAGCGAGGGUCACUUGUGCUUCUCCUUCCGUCAUUGGCUAUCAGGUCACCAUGUGGGUGUGCUUCAGCUGUUCGUCAGGAGGAAGGGUUUGAGAUAUAGCCCCGCCCUCUGGAGCCGGACAGGGGGAGAAGGGUGGAGACAUACACAGAUCACACUGUGGAGAGCUGGCCUGGAGAGUGUCCUUCUGAAAGGAGAGAGGAGGCGUGGCCACAAAGGACAGAUGGGAUUGGACGACGUUAGCCUGAGGAGAGGGGCCUGCGGAGAAGAGAGACUCUAACACACACACAGACACUGGCACUG